UUGGGGUCACAGGAAGAAUUCUACACCUUUCCUCAAGCUUGGUGACUGAGUAUCACCCUCCGCGCUCUUUUCACACAUACACACACACGAUGCGAACAAGAGCUUCAAUCUCUUCAUCUUUGCUUCGUCUCCAACACUUCUCUUCAACAACAACAACCUCUAACGCCGUUAACAGAACCCACCUCUUGAACUCCAUCAGAACCCUCCCAAACGUUAAUGCCGCCGUCACCUUCUUCCACCAAAUGCUCUCAAUGAAUCCCUUCCCUCACAUAAAAGACUUCAAUUUCUUAUUCACCUUCAUAACCAAAACCAAACACUACACAACCACCAUUUCCCUAAUCAAAGAAUCUCAUUUCUUCGGCGUUAACCCAGACACAUACACACUCAACAUCCUCAUCAACUCUCUCUGCCAUCUGGCCCACACUUCCUUCGCCUUCUCCGUUUUCGGCCUAAUGCUUAAAACGGCCCUAAACCCCACUGUAGUAACCCUCAACACCAUUGUUAACGGGCUUUGUGUAGAAGGCAAAGUAUCACAAGCUUUGAAUUUAACCCGCCAAAUGGAAAGCGCGGGUUAUCAACCUAACGGUUAUACUUUUGGAGCGUUGGUUAACGGUUGGUGUAAAAUCGGAGACAUGGUUAAUGCUGUUGUUUGUCUUAGGAACAUGAUUGAGAGAAACUACGAACCGAAUGUUGUUGUUUAUAAUGCUAUCAUGGAUGGUUAUUGUAAAGGAGGGUUUGUUUCAGAGGCUUUGGAUUUGUUCAGAGAAAUGAAUGAAAAAGGUAUAAACCCUAGUUUGGUUAGUUAUAAUUGUUUAAUUCAAGGGCUUUGUUGUAAUUGUCGAUGGAAAAAUGUUUCUUUUUUGUUGAAUGAGAUGAUGGAGAAGGGAAUAAUGCCUGAUGUUCAAACUUUUACUAUUUUGGUGGAUGGUUUUUGUAAAGAAGGGUUGAUUUUGGAGGCUAAGAGUGUAAUUUGUUUCAUGGUGCAAAUGGGGGAGGAACCUAAUGUUGUGACUUAUAACUCGUUGAUUGGUGGUUAUUGUUUGAUGAAUCAAAUGGAUGAAGCUAGGAAGGUUUUUGAUUGGAUGGUUUUGAGGAAGUGUUUGCCUAGUGUUGUUACUUAUAAUUCAUUGAUUCAUGGUUGGUGUAAGGUUAAAGAUGUUGAUAAAGCUAUGUGUUUGUUGAGUGAAAUGGUUAAUGAAGGUUUGUGUCCUGAUGUUGUGACAUGGACAACGCUUGUUGGUGGGUUUUGUGAAGUUGGUAAACCUUUGGCUGCGAAAGAGUUGUUCUUUACGAUGAAGGAAUAUGGUUUGGUUCCUAAUCUCUUGACCUGUGCUGUUGUGUUGGAUGGUUUAAUUAAGUGUUAUUUUCGUUUCGAGGCGAUGUUGUUGUUUAGAGCUAUGGAGGAGAGUGAUUUAGAUCUCGAUAUUGCCGUUUAUAAUGUUAUGGUGGAUGGUUUAUGUAAAGAUGGAAAGUUGAGUGAUGCAAAGAAGGUUCUUGCGCGUCUUUUGGUGAAAGGGUUGAGAUUUGAUUCGUAUACUUAUAAUAUAAUGAUUGGAGGUUUGUGUAGAGCGGGAUUGUUGGAUGAUGCUGAAGAUUUGCUUAGGAAAAUGGAAGAGAAUGGAUGUUCACCUAAUGCAUGCUCUUAUAAUAUCUUUGUUCAGGGAUUGCUGCGAAAAAGUGAUUUUUUAAGGUCAAGUAAAUACCUACAAAUAAUGAAAGGCAAAGGAUUUGCGGUGGAUGCUACUACCACGGAGUUGCUUAUUGGCUUUUAUUCUGCUGAUAAAGAAACUAAUGCAUUUUAAGAGUUGAAGCAGAACUGAAGUUUAUUUGGAUUUAAUCGCCAUCAAUUCAUUAUUUGAUGUGAAUUUUUGUUAUCAUGUUUUAAGAACCUAUUUCAUUAGACGGUGUGCUAUAAAGUACUAGGGUGAGCAUGAUAUGAUGUCCAUAUAUGAAAAUCCAAACUGGUUUAUGAUAAUGAUGGUAUUCUAAACAGUAAUUAACUGAUCAAUCAAAGAGUUCAGAGCCGGCUUUUCUUGCCAAGAGAUUAGUACAAUUCAAUGCAAACAAAAUGAAGUCAUUGCUUUGCAAGAUUGCAAUUGCAUGUUUAUGGUAGAGAUACGAUUGUUGUAUGUCUGAUGUUCAUCCAAGUGAAGUUCUCACGAAUUUGAAAAAUUGUGAAAGAGAGAAACGCAGAAUCACUGAAAGAGAGAAACAAACAGAUUCAACUAGUCAGAUAUGAUUUCAAAUGCAUGAUUUUACGGGCUCAUAGAUAGACUCAAGCUGAUCAAGGAAGCAAAAUGACUCUCAUGUUAUGAAAGAACACAGCUAGCUCAUACUUAACUGAGUUCUUAAUACAAUUUUAUAGUCAGCUCAUACUCCAAUAUUUACAAAGCCAAUAAAGUUCAAUUUGAUGUCCUUGGAGCAGCUGAAUAAUUGUUUGAUGGAUUUUGUGAAGUUGGUAAACCUUUGGCUGCUAAAGAGUUGUUCCUUACUAUGGUUUUGGGGUAUGAUUCACGGGAUGACGAGUUAUUGGGCUCUUUCAUUAUUGGGUUGGAUUGUUUGUCUUUGUUUUUAGUUUGAAGAAAUCUGGUGCACUUGACCUCAACUUCAUUAAAACUGAAUCUGUUACUGAUCCUUCGUUACCGUCUGUACGGUUUCUGGCACCCGACAAUGGCAGAACCCUGUAGAUGAGUGCAUUGCCUGAUGGAAAUGUUGAAAUUGUCUAAUGUUAACUGAUAUAUCAUUGUUAUGUAACCUCGACAAUAUCAAAUUUGAUAGUAAUACAACUCCAAUUUUUCCAAUAUAGAAUUUCUUCAAAGGUUCGUUAA